UUGCGGUCAUGUACGAUAGACGCUUUGCCCCGAAAUUCAUUUGAUUUCAGUAAACAUUGUUCAAUGUACACCAGAACAACGUAUGUCGUGUACUACGACCGCGCAAGCAUGUAAACGAUUUUCUGGGAGUGUUUUAUCGGUUACGAUGUGCCAUUUCAAAAUUAAGAUUUUUUUUUUUAGAUUCGGCAUGCCAAAAAUAAUUAAAUUUUUAAACCAAACGAAAAAACAGAUAAUUUCUUUUUUGGAGCGAUAAUUUUGAAUGCGUGUUAAAUUGCCUCCAAAAUAUUGUGUUUAAAUUUUAAAAUUGUUUACAUCGUUGAACUUUUGUCGUAUAACAUUACACAUUAAGAACAUUUGAACAACAAACACUUAGAUGAACUUAUUUUUUGAAGCAAAGAAUAUCGAUUAAAGAGAAAAGUUGGGAUUUUACAAUUGAUAAGCCCUCAAAGAAAAAAAAAAUUGGAAAUGCUGAUCAAAUGAACUGAUGUCGGCGAUAUUAGGAUAGAAACUUGCGCGGAAGAUAAAGCGUCAUCCGUUGUAGAUAUUAGCAAAAUGGAACGCGAAGUGAGUGUUUGAUAUAAUUGCCAUGUCGGAGCGCCGUUCAAUAUUCAUACUAUUCAUUGGGCUCAUGCUGUGCAUAUCAUUAUGGAGGAUAUCGCUGCAGGAAUUGCACACCGAAUAUACGUCAUAUGAUACGAUGGAAUUGCUGAACAACCAGAAAAAUGACACAAAAAGCAAUACAACGUCAUCGAAUGUCGUGCAAAUGUCUACCGCACCAUUUGAACAACCCUCGAAAAAUGAUGCGAAUGCAUUGAUCGACCUGACAAACUUCGAGUAUUUAAUCAACCAAGCAGCCUGUGAUGAUUUUAGUUGGCAUAAUAAUGUGAAUGGAAUUGAUAAACCAUCAAUCGUAUUGAUACUAGUACACUCGGCACCAAAAAAUUGGCACAAACGGAAUGUGAUUCGGGAAACAUGGGGCCAAAAAGACUCCAGGGCGCGAAUAUUUUUCCUGUUGGGCGCUGUGAAGUCAUCAUCAAUGCAAACACGACUGAAGCAAGAAAAUAAUAUGUUUCAAGAUAUAAUUCAGGGUAACUUUUACGAUGCCUAUCGCAACAUGACCUAUAAACAUACAAUGGCCUUAAAGUGGUUUGUUUAUAACUGUCCAAAGCUGAAAUACCUUAUAAAAACCGAUGACGAUGUGUUCGUCAAUACGCCGGCCGUAUACGACUUACUAGAGGCGGGCUUCAACGAUGAUCGAAACCUUAUAUUUUGUUAUAGAAUCGAAGAGGCUCGUAUUAAACGCACCUAUCGAUCAAAAUGGCGGGUGAGCACCAAAGAGUUUCCCGGUUGGUAUUAUCCUCCAUAUUGUCCAGGAUUUUCCAUCAUUUAUUCGAGGGAUGUAGUCUUGCGACUGUAUCGAGUGGCGCAGCAAACGCCAUACUUUUGGAUUGAUGAUGUUCAUAUAACGGGUACAUUGACGCAACAUCUGAAUCUCACCAUCACCACAUUCGGUAAAUACUACAUGAAUGGAACGGAGCUCAACGAUCUAAUCCAUGGCAAACUGAAUUUACUCGAUAUUGAGCCAACAUUUCUAUUUGCCGAACCAAAUCUACAUGAAGAGCAAAUUCGAGACCUGUGGACUAUAAUAGGCAACUCGUACAGAUAGUUUUGUUCCGAAAAGAUCAGACUGGACAAUUUCGACAUAAUUUAAGAAUAAUUUUAAGCCAAAAAUUUAAAAGAAAAAUGUAAAAAAAUAAACAAACAAUCUCGAACCACACACUAAUUAUAGCCCAUUUUUAAUGAGGCUGAUUUUGGAUGAUAUUUGAAUGCCUCGGGAUAUUCUAUAUUUCGUUAUAAGCAGAUGCCAUAGCAGUAAUAUUUACUGCUGCCGCUUAGAUCUAGAACAGCUUAACGAAACAAAAUCAUACUUUAUCCUGGACAUUCAUCACAUCAUGAAUUAUUCACACCAAGAAAAUAAACACACACGGCUCAAGUCAAAUGUGGUAGACCAUUAAAAAGACAAAAUAGAUAUAGUCGGAAAAAAAUGUCACAUCAGCAAUAUGGAUAACUUACAAAGAGAUUGCAAAACAAUGGAGAGAUUUGAAUAGACGAGCCGAAGUCAAGAGAAUCAAAUAAAAGAUAGAAGAAGAAAAAAAAAAUGCGUUGAGAGUACUAACUAUUACUAUUUUUAAUUGACGAUUACCGAUUUACAAACAUUAUACCAGCUUCGCCUUUAUAAAUGCGCCUCGUAACCUAGUUACAAUACAAAUAAUUCAUAAGAAUGAAAAUUGAACAUAUUUAAUAUUUUUUAUAUGUAAUAUAGAGCUCGGAUGAACAUGAGCAUUUUUCAACAGUAUUCCUUCUAUCUAAAUGAUAUAGCGGUGCAAAAAUAAAAACAAAACAAUGUGUUUCUAUGUGUUUCGAGUUUUUAUUUACUUACGGUGUGGCUUCUCUUUUGUUUGUUGGCCCGUAAUAUAUUUUAAAAGAUGUGAUUUUGUAUCCAUUGUGCCACCCAAAUUCAGAAUCAUGGGGGCAAGUUUGGUGUCAACUGUACUCACAUCCAAAUUAUUGAAUUAUCUCAAUUGUUUAUUUGCUCAAGCCAAAUAGAAAAGAAAAUAUUCCAAAUGAUAAUAUUGACUAACCAAAUUCAACCAAAGUUAUAGAUCGCUUUCUGCAGCAAGUCAGUUUCUCUUAAGAUAUCCCCUCAAAUAAUACUUAUUAGACAAAUGAUAGCCAUAGACACCAUUUUUGCAGUAUUUUGAAUUAUGGAUGCGACAUUGCCGUUUAAAAUCUCAUUAUUUUCAAUUGAAUCAAAUUACAAUUACACAGCGAAUAAAUGACUUUGUACUGGUAAACACGGUAAAUCUCAGUAAAAUGUUCAGUAAUUUCAAAACCAUCUGACAUUAGAACAUUUGAUUUUCAAAAUUUGAAUGCAUUAACCAGAAUGUGAAUGUUAUUAUUAAAUUUGCCGAUGUAAUGGUGAUACGUUGUCAAUUAUGCAAAUCUAAGUUAAUAUGAUUUACACUUGAGAGCUCCAUGAAUCGUACGUCAUAUGACAUGUUUUUAGUUAAUUUUAAAGUGAAAACCAUAUAUUGAAUUAAAAUGUUCGAUUUCGAAUUUAUUCCGAGUCCAUAAAACCCUGUUAGUCCUAUGAUUUUUUUUUUUGGAAACCAUGAAUAUGUGCGCGAAAAUGAAGUGGAAAAUUUCGGUGAUACAUAAAUUUAAUAAGUUGCUUAAACAUUAAAAUUGAUUUAAGAUGAGUGUAACAAAUGAAUUUUCUCCGAAAGUGGUUUUCUGGGUAUUUUGAGUGUCAACAGUUGAUCCUCCCUAUUGCAAAAAAGAGAAAUACAUGCUACAAAAUCGAAAUGAACUAUAUUGAUAAUAUUAAUGAAGUGCUUAGUGCAAUAGAUAGCAAAAUAGAAAUAUCCGUAUAUAAUUAACUAUCGAAACUCUUCUGAGUAAAUAUACAAUACAAUUUUCCAUUUUAAUUUCAUCUUUUUAGAACAAUUUUUUUUCCUUGAAUCUGCUAAUAAAUGUUUUCAUUAAAUUAUAAUUCAAUACAUAGAUUCUAGGGCUUUAGAAUCGCACAGAGUGAACCCUGUGAGUAGUUCAAUGCAUCACAAUAUCGUGUGCGCUACACGCACACGAACGGACGACGAACAGUUCACAAAUUCUCAAAUACAAAUGAGUUUACCACUGUCCGUUCAAUGUGCGCUCAAAUACUCACAGCAGACACGCAGAGUAAAAAAAAAACAUGUUUGUGCCUGUAUUUCGGCUAUGUUGAACAUACUACUACUACUACUUCUUCUUUUUUUUCUUCGACCGACGAAGAUCCGCACAAAGCAGAGGGAAAGUAAGUGCGCGGUGUGCGCACACAACUCAGUUUUGUGAGAAGAGCAUCGCACACGAGCGCUGUAGCUCUCACUGAAAUGAGUUGUACUGUGAACUGAGUGUGCGAUUCUUAAGCCCUGAUGGAUUCUGACAUAGUCUGAUUUCGUUGAUCUUGUUGUCGACUUUGUUUUCAACAGUGGGCACCUUUUUUUUGCUCCUCACAAUAUUUCACACUAGAUACAAUCAAUUUAUUUGACCCAUCAUUUGACAUUGAAUUUUGAAGAAUGAUUUCAUGAUUUUACACUAGAUAGAAUUGAUUUUCAAAAUUGAUGACCUUUUUUUAGGUUUUCACUUCUUUCUGAAAGCUAUUUUACACUAGAUAAAAUUGAUUUUUUUGAUCCCCUAAUGAAUUUUUGGUUUGACCCUCCCUGAAAUUGUUGGUGUCAGAAACUAUGAUUCAAUAGCAAAAAAAAAUGAAAAAUACGGUACUGCUGGUUGCGAGCAAAAACAACAACAACAACAGAAAAAUAUUUCUUUGAGUGUUAACGAUGUUAUUACAUUGUGUUUGUUUAAUAUCACAUGUCUGUGUGCCUCUAAUUCAAAUUUAAUUACACUUAAAAAUUCAAGUAAAUGUUCAAAAUAAGCUCCGAAUCAAUUUCGUUAUUCGUGGGAGUUUAUCGCAUACGCGAUGUAUGCCGUAGUAAUUGACCCGACUAUUUUUUUUCUUUCCAAACGUAAACGUAUGAUUUGAAUGACGUUUUAAUUAAAAGAUCACCAUAGUAAUUUCAAAGAGAACCAAAGUCAUUUUACAAGCUUAAACUUGUAUAAACUAUUCCGUUGCCCCAAUUCAAUUUGCAAGGAAUUUCAAAUGAGACAUUGAAAUUGUGGCGAUUUAUGCCCCACAUUCAACACAAACAUAUAACUGUCAUUGUCAUGGGCUGAAAACUGGACUAUAUGAUGAAUAAAAAUAGUUUUACGAUUUUUAAUUAAAAAAAAUAAUGAAUAAUUGAACAAUUUCAGCGAUUUAUUGAAGAUUAUGAAAGAAUGUCCAUUUUUGGCAUUUAAAUUGAAUCAAACACUUCAUUCCGCCAAAACAAUGCAGGGGAAAAUUCAUAAAAUAAUCGUUGAAACAGUAAAGCAAAGAAUGACAACGAUUUUCUGGGUUAUUUUGCCUUAUUUCAACUUGACACGAUUGUGACUUUUUUCAAUAGAUGGCGCUGUAUGUGUCACAUGUAAAUACCAUAGAUAAUCUAUGAAAAACUUUGGACUUUCAUUGAUUUUGGGUUUUUUCAAUAGAUGGACUUAUAAAUUUCACGUACAAAUAUCAUGAAAAGUUCAAAUAGGGCAAAGCUGGUAGUCAUUCUUUAGAUGACUUAUUUUUCCAACGGAAAAAAGCAAAUGAAUGAAAUGAUAAAAUUUAAGAAAAAAAAAAAUAAUUCAAAAAAUGCCAACGAAAACUAUCCACCAUCGCACACAUUCUUCUAUGGACUGGAAAUUGUUCUUUUUCCAAUUGUUUUUUUUUUUUUUUUGUUAUAUUUACCAGAACAAUAAAUAUUACAGAAAAAGAAAUAUUCAUAUGAUUGGAAAUUUACGUGUGAAAUCCACUGUGCCAAUUUUUAGUGCAUUUAAGGGAAUUUCGACACGAAAAUAAAAUUAACGACGAAUUAUGAAUCUGUGCAGGUGAUUUCAUAUUUAUGUUUUAGCCAAUAAGACAAAAGAUGUAUCGAAGAAACCGAAUAGAAUGUGAGUGAGUGAAUAUGAAGGGAAAUAAAAACAAAUUCAAUAAAAGAAAA